AGACACUUGACAGUUGACAUGAGGAGAGCCUCGAGGUCACUAAUCGCUGGGCAAUGCAAAAUAAAAAUUGCGUCAUCAUAUAAAUUUCACAACAAAUAUUUUAUAAGGAAAAGUUAACACUAAGCUUGGCUUAAUUACCAGAGUCCAGAACAGAACUUACUCUAAGGUAGAUUACAAUCAUUGGUGGCUGGUGCGAAUAACUGUUGUCGGUAACUUACCUUCAAACUAUAACAAGAGAUUUUAGGAAAAGAUUUAAGUGAAGUGCAUUUGAUUUAUUUUGAUGAUAUUACAAGAUAUCAACAAUAUGCCUCCUGUGAAACGCGGGAAACGAGGCGUCAGCGAUGCAGACGAUGAGGAUGACGAUUAUAGAAAAAAGAGAGAUAGAAAUAAUGAGGCAGUGAAGAAAAGUAGAUUCAAAUCAAAACAGAGAACACAAGAGACAUUCACUAGAGUUAAUAAAUUAAAAGCAGAAAACCAAAUGCUGGAGGAAAAAGUUAAAACUCUGUCAAAAGAUUUGCAAUUCUUGAAGGAUUUGUUUAUGGAGUAUGCGUCUAAUGCAAAGGACCCCAAGUUUGCGGGAAUUGACCUACAGAAGUUAUUAGAAGACGUACCAGAUGACAAAAGUACAGGUAGCACAAGUAAAUCAUAGACAAUAGAACAGCAAUGUUAAAUCAGGUGUAGACUCUCUUCGUUUUUAAAUGUAGUGCAAAUUACGACAUUUGUAACAGACAUGGAAAAUGAAUUAUUAUCAUAACAAUGUACACCAAAAAUUAUGUUGUCAUACAAUUUCCUAUUUCCUGUAGGCUCAAAUAUAUUAUGAAAUGUGAUAAACUAAUGCGAUAAAGAAAAGUAAUAAAAAAGCAUACUUAUCCAUGUAAAUUUAUGAAACUGAACAAUAUUUAAGGAAUAUUAUUUAUGGGUGUACUUUAUGACACUAUGUCAUAAUUAACUGCUUUAGGUCAUUGUAUAAAUCUAGACAUAGAAACAAGUAAAGAAAUAAUCAAAUAAAGAUAUGUAAUAUACUUACUAAAACUUUCUUCAGAAAAGGAAUGAUGCCUCCAAGUAUGAAGAAGCUUUUUUUCUGUAUAAUGUAUUUGAACAAUUUGUUAAAAUUUACUUUAUCUUCUGGAUUAUAAAUUUGAAUUUCUUAAAUGUAAAUAUUUCAUUAAAGAGUAUGUGAAUGACUUGCCUGCUCAAAGUAUAUAAAUAUAAUAUAUUAUUUGUUGUGUUCUCUUCCCUUCAUAUUCAUUGUAUAUUAUAAAGCUAGUGCAAAUGUGAAAGCAAUUAUCAUUUAAUAAUCUCUUAAAAGAAAAUUGAAUUAUGACAGCUGCUCAAUAAAUAUAUGAUCAAAUAAUCAUCAGAUCUUUAAUAUAAAUUGUGCAAUGGAUAAUAGUGUUAGUAUGAGAAUAAUGAUAAACUUUGACCUAUUUGUUUAUUUUCUUUUAUUUAUAUGUGUUAUUACGUGAAAAUAUAAUAAUUCAAUAAUGAUGUGAAAAUUUUAUACAUAAUGAUGUUAUUUGUCAAUGCAUUUAAGGAAAUUAAUAUUUUUUUAUAACUUUAUCAUAAGUGACUGUUGUAUAGUUAUUAGAUGAAUUAUUUUACGAUUAUUAUUGUACAGAAAUAAAUGAUUUCAAAUUA